AUGAGCGAAAGCUCAGGUCCUUUGGAUCCCCCUUUACAAGUUCAAGCCGCACCCUUUGACAGAUCCCAAGUCGAGCAUCACAGUCGUGACAUGAAUCAGCAAACCCCUUCUCCCGAGUGGGAGAUGGAUGAGUUUGAACAUAAAUUACAGCAAUAUCCAAGCGGCAUGUUUAGUACUCCAAGGCAGGUGAGUACGCAAGUAGAGGGCACACAACCUACGCAUUGUGAGUUCAAUGAAAGUCUAGCCUCCGCGGGCGGUUGUCACCUUAGCGACUCUUGGGGGCUCCUCCUCUCGGAGAGUGAGAGUCUCAAGUGUACCUUCCAUAAGACUACCGUAACGGUCGGUCGCGACCGUAGCUGUGAUAUCGUUCUUGAUGAUCUGCGCGUUAGUCAGCUCCACUUCUCCGUGUCGGUGGAAGCUGAAGUAGAUAUCUCCGCCUCCUCACACGAGAAAAAUGCAAUAGGAGAAGUAAUUACCCCAUCUAUUCCGGAAAUAUCAGUGCCUUCCUUCGUACGCAGGGAAAAAAAACUGCGCUCUAGCUCAGAGAUCUCAGCAGCGAUUACUGGCGAUCAAUGUGCACACGGUGGUGGUAGUACCGAUUUCCUUCCGGCACCAGGAGUUUCUGUCGAAUCUCAUGGCUGCAACAAUGAAAACAACAGCCUUCGUGUGCAUGUCUGGAAUGGGGGACCGAAUAGUUCAGCCAACAUCUUCAACAAGGUGGAAACCGAAAAUGAUGUCACGCAACUGGUGUGUAAAAUGAACAACACGGCAGCUACAAAGGUCAGAUUUCGAGUUUUUCUAACCGACCACAGCACGAACGGAACCUUUGUGAACGAUAUCCGUGUCGGUAAAGGGCGUCGAAUUGAACUCCAAACAGGUUUCGACAUCGCGAUUGUUCGGCUUCACGAAAAGCGCAACCGGAACACCGAGGAGGACAGUGAGGACUGGCACGAGGAGGAAGCAGGCAUGGCCCACCUCGAGCGCCCAUCCUAUAGGGAGCACGAUGGAGGCGUGGGGGACGAGGGGGCCCCCGGGAAGCCCCUGAACUCCGCACGGGAGUCCAGAAACCCGUCCGCGCCGCAGUUCUGGGACGUCAUCAGCACCUCAAGCUACCUCGAGCACUUCUUCUUCCACCCAUAUCCCACCCCGAAGAUGUCCCUGGUUGAGCCCCCUCUGUCUUUGAGAGGCGUCUCACCCGUCCUAGAGAAGGACUUGGCGGGGAUCCCUCGAAGCGCAAGGGAGGCCGGGGAAACGCGACACGGCGAGGGCAUUGGGUCCCGUCCCUCCACACACGCAACCCGGCCGACGGAGGAGCCGUCCUGGCGCGGAACCGAGGGCGACGAGGGCCCGGUGGGGAACUUCUUUAUGCCGGCAACCACCCCAUCGGAUUUGCCUCGCCUGUUCAACCAAACCCACCCGGUCUCGUCGCCCACGAGCAGCGUGAUGCAGCGCGCCGUGGUGGAUGCCGCUUCUCGUUCGGCGAACCUCAUGGAGGGCACCACCCUUCCCCUCGACGACAGCACGGAGUGCGGCACCCCGAGCUACGUCGUCAUGCCGUCAAGAAAGAUCCAAUGGGGGAACCGUAUCGGCUCAGGCGCCAACAGUAACGUCUACAUGGGGAUUGAUGUCCUCUCCGGGAUGACGUUGGCUAUCAAAGUUCUGAAGCAAUCCUCCACCACCCCACACGGGACGCCAGCGUACCCGAGCCGCAUCUCCUCUACUUCGUCUUCUUACACGGAUUUAACCUGUGGCGACUUUCAAGCCGAUGGCAUGGCCAAGGAUUUUAAGCACGUCGAGCCAGGUGAUGGCCACGGAAAUGGGGGGGGGGAAGAGGACGAGCAUAAGGAAUUAGUUGCGAACUGCUCUUCCUCCGACUCCAAAAAGAGUCCCAGCGAGGCUCAGCGAAGUGGGGAAAUGACAAAAGAAGCCCAACAGGAGGAGUUCGUAGCUCUCACCUCCAUUAGUACGAGCCUGGACGGGGCUACCGGGACCAUGAGCCCCGCAACCACUCGAAAAGAGGAAAGAAUGUUUGAAAGACAAGAAUCACAAAAAGUAAGGCUUAGGAACGAAGAAAAAAAAUUCGGGAGUGACGAAAACAGGUCGCCGGUGGUAGCGACAAAACUCUCGGCAACGCAUGCGCGCUCGACUUCCCAGAUGAUGCCUACAUCUUCUGAGAAGGAAGUGAAGGAUCAAAAAGAGCUCUGCGAUGCUGAGGUCCCAGAGCCACUAUCAGUGAACCCAUCGGCAGACCCUACCCGCUGCCGUUCGAAAGACCACCAACUUCUUGAUCGUGAGGAAGAGCACCACUCUUUAGGCUACCUCCUUGGUAUGAAACGCUCCCAUAUUCGUGAGCUCUGUGCACUCAGCGCGCUACGGCAUCAACGGAUCGUGCAGUGUCUUGGUUUUCAGUACGACCCAAAAAGGGGGUUUUGUAUCAUCAUGGAGUAUGUUGCUGGUGGCAUGCUUAAGUCGCUUAUCAAGUGUUUUGGUGCCUUCGAGGAGAACGUGAUUCGGCUGUACACCGUUCAAAUCCUCGAAGGGCUGGAGUAUUUAGCAAGCUGCAACGUGGUACAUGGGGACCUGAAAAGCGCCAACAUACUCAUCUCGGAGCGGGGCAACGUGAAGUUGGCGGACUUCGGCACGAGCCACAUCACCCGUAAAUGCGUCGCAAAGGAGCGAGCGCAUUCCCACGGAAAAAUUUUUCCGGACGCUCAAAUCCCUUGUGAUUGUAUCCCAUCGAACGAGGUGACCAUGCUUUGUGGGACGCCGUUGUACAUGAGCCCAGAGCUGAUACGAACCCAGGUGUUAACACACGCCUCAGAUAUUUGGGCUUUAGGGUGUGUCGUAUUUGAGAUGGCAACGGGUGGCAUCCUGCCCUGGCGUGAAGUGCAUCAUUGCGAUCCCAUCGCAGUUAUUUUCCACAUUGGUGCCCAGUAUAAUUGUGCACCAUCCUUAAUCGAUAUCUAUAAUGCAAGGGCCUUCAUGAACCCCCACCAUGAGCAUAAGAACCGCAAAAGUCAUAAACAAACGAGACCGAAUGUGGUUACGCAGAAGCCCAUCUCCUUCUCCAUUAUAGCAGAUCCAUGUAGCAGCGAGGAAUCUGUUUCAAGGGAACAUGAGGUUCCCGACGUGAGCAGUGCGAUCAAGACGCCGUCACCCACCUUCAUUGACUUUAUGAAGGCGAUGUUCACAAUGAACCCGGCUCAACGGCCCACCGCGGCGGAGCUCCUACGGCAUCCCUUCAUCUCCGGCGAUCAUGACCUCGCCGCGCUGGAUCUUUGGCGGCAGUCCGUAAAAGGAGCCGUCGCCCCGAUCCAGAAUGACAGCCCUUCCGACCGCGGCGGAAACAACCUCUUGGAUACACACUCCGUAGCUCAUCUCUCUCAGACCGAGUGUCCCUUGCCAUGCUUGCCGUCGCCUCCAACCUCGCAGGAGCUGAGGUCGACCCCGCAAGAAGCCAUGGGGUCGAAUCCUCCCCAUAUUGCUCCUGAAGUUAAGAAAAGCCGGGCCAUUGGGGCCGAUCUCCCACCCACGGCGGCGCCCGGGCCGAAAGACGAGGAAGACACCACCAAAAGGGAGGUGGCUUCGUGUGUUGGUACGAUCAUCGGGGUAUCCGCCGCUUCUGAGCCCUCUCCCUCUCCGAUGGGAACUCCACAUGUCGUGGCGGCAUCCAUCAUGGGGAGCCCCCGAAGCCCCUCAAUCGCCUCUGGAAACGGUAAAAAAAAAGGUGCCCCCAUCCACCGACUCACUCAUUCUCCCGCGGCCAUCCCCCAAACCCGCCUCUCCACCCCAAUACACCCGUUAUCCUCGGGCUUCAUGACCACGCCACAUAAGUCAUGGACUCUAUCGCCCCACCCUCUUCCGUCGCGCUCAUUGGAAACGGCCAAAAAGCACGAGCUUCGAACCCAUCUUCAAUCGGAUUCAUAUCAAUCAGGGCAGGAUGCGGAGGGCGUUGCGCAUAGCUCCGGGGUACCGAAUCGCCUGCACCGUGCUCACGUGGUGCUCCCCGACGGGACGGCCAUAUACGCGAAUUACUCUUCACGACCCCUUCCAAACGAUGCAUUCCGAAAUUCAUCAGGGAGCAUCGGUAAUUCUAUCAAUGAUGACAAAAAAGGAGGUGGGUCGCAGUCCUAUCCAUCAUACUCCCCCGUGUUGCGCUCCCACGUGAACUACAUCCGCAACCAAGCGCACCGAAGACAUCUCCGGCUUCAGCGGCAGGCCCUGAAGCUCCAUGAGCUAUCAGGAGACCUUAAUCAUACGACCACAAAACCCCAUCAAAAUGAUUCCUAUGCUCCACGAGAAGAUUCCACAAUAUGGCUUCCUCCAAGCUACGAUCAUACGAUGCAUAGGAAAGGAAAACAGGAGCACAACCACGCUCAUGGCGUGAACGCAACCAACCUAGCUUUCACCCCACGAGAGCUUCGGAAUAAACACCAUCUCAAUCCAAACACGUUAGGGUGCCUUGAGGGCGUCCAUACCGACGGCGGUCCCAUCCAUCAUCCAUCUCAUAUCUACUCCCCCCACUCUAAUGUCCAGACAAACAGGCUGAAUCUCCUUUCCGGGAGUCCCACCACGGUGGCGCAUUCCCCCACCCUGGCUCUGCAGAUCAAACCCCAAGGCCAACCGACGACGACGAGGGUGAAUUUCCAGGCCGGGCUCCUGCAUCCGUUGGCAUCCCGGCAUCGCACGCCACGAGGGGGUCGUCCUUCCCAACCCCCCCCCGCUCGCACAGCCUCAACCUUCCCCGUCGUCAUACCACCGACAUCGGCACGCCAAGCCAUGGGGCUGGGGGGAGUCUAA